AGCAUAUUACACCUUCUCUUGCAUAUUACACCUUCUCUUUCUUCAAAGUCUCAAAAUUCAACAUUAAAAGUGAUCACUCCAAAUCCAAAUUAAUCAUCCAAAAUCCCUAGUCUCUUUGUAUUAUUUUCAUAAUGUUUCAUCAUUUUAUUUGUGGAAGUGGAAACUUUCAUCAUCAAGAAGAUGAAGAUGAUGAUGUGGAAACAUUUACUCCUUGUUCAACUCCAAAAAGAUCAUCAAAAAGAAGUUCAUUGUUAAGAAAUAAGAAUAGUAGAUAUAAUCCUUAUGCAGACCGUGGUCUAGACAAAUUUUCAACUCUCUUAACCAAUCUUGAAGACAAAAAACAAAAAAUUUAUACUCAAAUGGGAUCUGAAGACAUUUCUUUAGUUCGAUUUGUUUUCUCAAAGUCGAAUUCAAUCAAGCCGAUUAUUGUCAAAUUGAAGGACAAAAAUCAAACAUCGUCAAGUGACACUGAUGAUGACAAGCAAAUCAUCAAGAAGAACUCAGAGUUUGUCGAUAAGAAGAUCAUUCACGAGAUUUCAAAUAAUAUUUCAGAAGAACAAAAAGCGAAAUAUAAGAGAAGAAAAUUAUUUAGGAAUUUGAAGUUGUCAAAUUUCAAGAAGCCAGCUUAUUACAUGCCACUGGCUAUAAUCUUGAUAUUGGUCUUUUUAGCUAUUUAUGGGAGGUGUUUUGCAAUAUUGUGUACCUCAAUUGGAUGGUACAUAAUUCCAAUCAUAAAAGCUAGCUCAAGAAGGACAAAAAGGAAGUACGCCAAAAAAUUGAGUGAAAAGAAAAUUACAUUUUGUGAAGGGACAAUUUUUCCAAGAAGUGUUAUGGAUGGAGCAAAAGAUCAUAAAUUACUUGGUGGAAAACAUGGAUCAUAAGAGUAGCCGGCGAAGAUCAUCAUCAAUUAUUUUAUUUUAAUUUUGGUUGUGCAUACUUUUCUUUAAUUCAUUUCUUGAUUUGACUUUUUUUAAUGACUGACAAAUUCUUUUAUUGA